GAAUCCAAACGCGGCCUCCAUGCUGAGAAGCAGAAGUAUAUUACCUCCUCCACCAUUGCUUGCUCUGAGUAGAAGGCUACCGUCAUCUUCACCGUCACUGUUAUCGUCGCCGUUAUCGUCACCGUCAUCUUCCAUCACCCACUCCAGAAACCCUAAAUCCUCAUUCCACCGAUUUCCUCUCUUCUCCAACUCUCACAUUUUCCAAACCAUGACGCUUUCCAAGUGCUUCUCUCACGUGGGACCCACCAUUCCCAUAUCGGGUAAACCCGAAUCCGAAUCCGAAUCCGAAUCCCCUCUCUCUCUCGUUGUGGUUUCCUUCUACAAGUUCGCGGAUUUCCCUGACCAUGCCCUAAUGCGAAACCCCUUGAAGCAACUCUGUCAACAGCUGCGUGUUUCAGGUGGAAUUAUUCUUGCGGCUGAAGGGAUCAAUGGCAGCAUAUGUGGCACUCGGGAGUCCGUGGAGAGAGUUCUUGAGUUUGUGCAAAGUGAUGAUCGUUUGACGGGGCUGAGACGUAUGGAAUCGCCGGUUAGUCUUGAGGAGGAGGCCAUCCAUCAUGGACAUAGCGCCGCUUCUCCCCUUGCCGCCGGGGAGGAUGCGCCCUUCCGAUGGGAUCAUGUGAGGGUCAAGUUGAAGAAAGAGAUUGUCACUCUUGGGAUGCCAACUGUGUCGCCUACUGAAAGGGUUGGAAAGUAUGUUGGCCCAAAAGAUUGGAAUGCUUUGAUUAGUGAUCCAGAUGUAGUGGUAAUUGAUGUGCGGAAUAACUAUGAAACCAGAAUAGGAAAGUUUAAAGGAGCAGUUGAUCCUUGUACUACAUCAUUUCGUGAAUUCCCAUCUUGGGUGGAGGAUCAUUUCCAGCAUACUGGAACAGAUGGUGGAGUCCAUCCAAAAGUUGAGCCAAACAACUCAGUAAGAAAUGAUGAAAAAGAAAUAGAGGAUUCAAAACAAUGUAUGCCGCGGGUUGCAAUGUAUUGUACCGGAGGUAUUCGAUGUGAGAAAGCUUCAAGUCUACUUCUCAGCAAAGGUUUCAAAGAGGUUUAUCACCUGGAAGGUGGAAUUCUGAAAUAUCUUGAGGAGGUUCCAGAAACAGAAAGCCUCUGGGAAGGAGAGUGUUUUGUUUUCGACAAACGGGUCUCUGUUGAGCAUGGUUUAGUGCAAGGAAAUUUCAAGCUCUGCUAUGGUUGUAAGCAGCCUGUGAGUGAUGCUGACAUGGAAGCCCCAGAAUUUGAAUAUGGUGUCUCGUGUCCUCACUGUUUUUCGCUGAAAUCAGAAGAAGAGAAGGAAAGGGCUCGAGCCCGGCAAAGACAAUUUGAGAGGUGGGGAAUCAUCGGCGGUCCUGAUAAGGGUCGCCGGCCAACUCCGGAUGGUGUUGACAGGGAACCAAACCAGCUUUCCCGUUCGGUUUAACCAGUCAGAGAGAAAAAAAUGAGAAAACAUCAUUCAUAUAUAUUUUAAACAAAUGUUUGGCCUUCUCUUAUACUUUCCUCUUGGAUGUGUUCGGAGUGCACGAAACUAUAGAUGUACGUUUAAACUUUAACUAUGAUUUCUGGUCUUAGGAACCAUUUGGUGUCUAGUCUCUUGAGAAAGGUCACCACUUUUUGACAUUCUAUGUGUAUUACUGUAUUGUAACCAAGAGCAAUGCUAGCUAGCAAGCAAUUUAUUCUACCAUUUUUAACCCUUCUAUGGUU